GAAAAGACAAAAAAGUAAGCAGAUAAGAUUGACCAAAUGUUUGUAAUACGAUCCAAGAUGGAUUGAUUCAACAACUACCACAGACAUCACGUACGCGUCUUGGCGUAUCUUGCGUUAAUGAUCCUUAAGAAGCUCUAUAUGUCCCUAUAAAUAUAAGUCUCUCUUUUACGACUUUUGAGCCACAACACACAAAAUUCAAAAGGGUCAUUAAAAGUCUUUUUAAAGACAAAACAUAUCAAGUUAUCGACCAAGAAAAUAAGAAAAGGGGGGGUGACCUGAGGUGUUUCAGCACAACACAAACACAAACACAAAAAUGGCCGGAGUUUUCAAAACGGUGACGUUUAUGGUUUUGGUUUUCGCUGCGGUUGUUUUCGCCGAGGACUACGAUGUUGGUGAUGAUCUCGAAUGGACGAGACCUACCGAUCUCGAGUAUUAUACUACUUGGGCUGCCGGUAAAACUUUCCGUGUAGGCGACGAGCUUGAAUUUGAUUUCCUAGCUGGGAGACAUGAUGUGGCACUUGUAAGCAAAGAUGCAUAUGAAAACUGCGAGAAAGCGAAACCAAUCCGCCUCAUGACGACUCCUCCGGUCAAAAUCAUGCUAAACACCACCGGACCACAAUACUUCAUCUGUACCUUCGGUGACCAUUGCCGCUUUGGUCAAAAACUUGCCGUCGAUGUAGUCGGUGCUGGUGGUGCCACCACCCCAGGAGCUGGAUCAACAACCCCAGGUGCUGCGGGAACCCCUCCCACCACCCCAGGAGCCGGGACCACCACUACUACUACCACACCUCCGGCUGGAAGUGCCGCUUCUUCUUUAGGUGGUGCGACGUUCUUGGUCGCCUUUGUUUCUGCUGUUGUUGCUCUGUUCUGAGUUUAGACUCCGAAUGUUGAAUUCAUCAGUUUGUGUUUGUUUCAGCUUGCUUAUACGUUUAAUUUUAUAAUCAGAAUAAGACUUGUCAAACGUUUUAAGUGGCGGAAAAUAUUACGUUCUACCAGUUCUAUGAUUAGUAUCAGUUUCCCAUAUAUCUAAUCGUUAACAUAAUCUAACAUAAUGACAGAAAUCUGAAAA